CCUCUCUCCGCCCUGGCCCCCAGACAGGUGGUCGGACUGUACGCCUUCAUCCUCCCUAUUAGAAUAAGGAAACAUCUACAUCUGCUGGCAACAGGACAGGCUCGGCUGGCGCAAGCGCGUCCCCGAUGGACUUCGAGCGUGUGACCUCCGCGAUCACCGGGCGGCAAGCAGGAGGAGAACGGGGCAGCAACCGGAACGCACCAGGAGAGCCCCGCCGAUAUACCACCGGAUUCCUCGAGAUGCCGCUCGCCAGAGAGGGUCUGCGCGCGGAGGGAUGAGAUGCACGCGUAGGAAUCUGACACGAUUUCGGUGGGAUUCUUCAUCCGCGAGGCGGAAGGAUCAUUUCUGACUAUCCUCCGGUCUUGGGAAGUUCCCUGGGGAGAGAGAGAGAGGGAGAGAGGGGUGCUGGGGGGUUCCAUUAUGGCUUCAGGCGCCGGUAAGGCUGCACAGUCCCCCGGGCCGGGCUCCACCGUGAACGGGACUGCGGCAGAGUUGGCAACCUUUGAGCAGGAGCUGUAUGACUAUCAGAUGCACAGCAAGAUGUGCAAGAAGAUCGCUCAGCUCACCAAGGUGAUUUACUCUCUGAACAUGAGGAAUGAGGAGCAGGAAGCAGCCCUGCUGGCUUUAAAUCAUGCUCACCACGAUGAGCUGCACCGCAUACUGAUGGAGACAUGCCAAGAAGGGGAGGGAUCAGUCUUGAGGACACGCCUCCUUGAGCUGCAGGAGUCUCUGGAUGAGCAGCAGCGAGUUGGGGCUCAGGUUCAGGCAGACUUUGAGUUUUUCCGCCUCCAGGUGGAGGAGAGGGAGCGCGAAACUGAGGCAGAGCUGAGGAAAGAGUUUCAGGAGAAGCUCCGGGCUGCAGAGGAUGGACUCCUGGAGGCCAAGGCCGAGAUCAGCGCCACCCAGGAGGAGAGCCUGAGACUGGGCAAAGAGCUAGAGAACACCAUGGAGCAGAUCCAGGAGCUGAGCGCUAAACGUGAGGAGCUCCAGAAAGCAGCCGACGAGGAAAAAAAGAAGAAACAGGAAGAGAGGGAAAGAGAGGACAGGGAGAAAGAGAAACUAGAGGAAGAGAGGAUAAUGGAAAAGCACGAGGACUUAGAAAGAGUGAAAUCCCUUCUGGAGGAGCUGCAGGCCCUGAAGGAGGAGAGGGAGCGAGCAGAGGAGGAGAAGAGGCGAGCGGUCAAAGAAGAGCAGGAGCAGUGGGAGCAAAAAGUGAAUGACCUCCAUGAAGAGAAAGAGCAGAUGAGGAAGAAGAUUGAGGCAGAAUGGAGAGAGGAGCGGCAAAGGUGGGAAGAGAGGGAGGAGGAGGAGAAGAAGGGGAUGCACAGUGCUCUGCGGGAAAGAGUGAAGCGGGCUGAAGCGGAGGUAGAAGGUCACCUGGAGAGGCAGGCUGAAAGCAAAAGGAACACAGUGAAACUGCAGGAGAGAAUACAGGAUCUGGAGGAGGAGUUGGAGCUGGAUCGGAAAAGGGUGUUGGAGGCAGAGGCCGUGGUUAAACGGGCGGAGGAGGAGCUGGCUGUCGCCAAGGAGAGGCUGCUGCUGCAGGAAGACGAGCUGCAGAGCAGAGCAGAGGAGCUGCUGAACCGUGGGCGCUGUGAGGUGUGUGUGUGUGCUGAGCUGGAGGAGCUGAAGAGCCAGGUGAACCGCCUGCAGAGCAGGAACAGGGAGCUGGAGCUACAGAGCAGCGGCAGAAACAGCGACCACGCCCGACAAAUACGCCAGCAUGCUGAAGCCCUGUCCAGCUUGCGCUCCGAGAUGGUGAGAGCCCAGACCGAGGAGCUGCGCCGCAUCCAGAAGCACGCAGACGAUGAAAGGGAGAAACUGCUGAAGGAGAUGGAAAAGGAGAGGGAAAGUCGGCAGAAGGAUCGGCAGCAAGAAAAGGACCAGUUUGAGAAGGAAAGAAGCAAAAUACGCAGAGAAAGAGAUGAGGAAAAGGAAGUGCUCCAAAAACAAGUGGAGGAGAUCACAGAACGCCUCAGAAGAGAGAAAGAGGAAGAUGUGGACAGACUACGUAAAGAACUGGAAGUUGAGAGAGUUCGCAUCCGUUCCCAGCUGGACAAGAGCAUCGAGCAGGUUGAGACGGAGAGGGCCAAUGUGCAGCAGAAGCUGGAGGAAGAGAAGAAGAGAUUGGCAGAGAAAGCUGAGGAAGACAAGAAGCGUUUGAAGGAGCAGGUGCGGAGGGCGAUUGAGGAGGUGAUGAGGAGGCACGCGGCAGAAUUGAACAAUGUCCAAGAAGCUCUGAGCUCAGAGAGGAAGACCAACCAAGAGGUGUGUGCACGUUUGGAAGAUGAGAGACAAGCUGCUGAGGAGCUACGCAAAAGCCUGGAGAGAGAAAAAGAUGAGCUCAGGACAAAAUUGAAGGAUACCAACAGUGAGAUCUGCAGGUUGGAGGCUGUGAUCCAACAGAACGGUGAGAAGGAGAAGGUGGCCGGCGAGGCUGCAACAUCAUGCGGUCCGCGAUACUCUCGUCUGGAGGAGGAGCUCGGUCAGGCCCGGAGUCGGCUGGCUCGAGCUCAAGAGGAGGCAGAGAGGCAGCGUGACAGGCUGCAGAGAGAGACAGCCUCCCUGAGGAGUGACAAGCAUCGGCUGGAGGAGAAAGUCCUGGAACAGAGCCGAAUGAAUACAGAGAGGAAUCUUCUGGAGCAGAGCCAGCGGCACAUGGAGGCCCACAUCAGGGCAGAGUGCGAGGAUCGUCUCAGAGCAGAGUUCAGGAUAGAGAUGAACGCUGCAGUCGCUGAGAGCGAACAACGAUGGCAGGACAGAGAACAAGAGCUGCAGACCCAGGUGUCUGAGCUGCAGGCUCUGCUGACGGAGCUGCAAGCACAGAUGCAGGCGGAGAAAAAGACGGCGGGACGGGAAGAUGACAGCCAUGCCAACCCCGAAAUUGACAAGCUGAGGAAGGAGGUCCAGGACACUAAGGAGAUAAACAAGAAACUGAGAGAGCUGCUGCAGGAACCUCAGAGCCAGUCCUUGGCAGAGGAGAGACACAGUCACGCCAUGGCGCUGCAGGCGUUGGAAAGGCAGGCAAAGGAAGAUCUUCUGUCUGAGAUCAACCGGCUUCAGACAAUGCACCACCUGGAGCUCGACAAGCAGCGGGCAGAGCUGACCCAGCAGCACACAGAGUGGAGCCGACAGAUGACCCAGAGACACAUGCAGCAGAUAGAAGACCUACAGGCCCAACUACAAGCACACACACAGAUGAUGGCUCUGCAACAGGACCUGAAGCAGCAGAACCAGUACCAAGUAUUUGAGCGACAGCUGGACGAGAGCCGCUGUGCCAUGCUGGAGCUUCAAAGAGAAAACACUGCACUGAAAAAAAAACUGCAGGAACGGUCUGUGAAGAAGAAUUCAGAGGUUGAGGAAAAAGAAGCGGUGAGCACAGACAUGAGGAAGAACAGAGACGCUCAGCUGGAGGAAGAAGCACAACAUCUGAAGGAGGAGGUGGAGAAACUAAGGGUGGAAAUGGAGAAACUGGAGGAGUCCCAGAAACACUGGGACGAGAAGAAAGAGGAUGACCUGAAAGAAGAGGAGGUGGACGAGGAGAAGAGGAAAGAGCGAGAAGAGGAGAAGCGAAGAGCGGAGGUAGAGGAGAUCAGGAAGGAGCACAAGAGAGAGAUGCAGAGUUUGGUUUCUGAGUACAGCAGCGCGCAGAAGCACCUGCAAGCUCGCAUUGUGGCUUUGGAAAAUGAACUGCGAGAGAGGGAAGAACGCUGCAGGAGGAGGGAGCCUCGAUGUGACGACCUGUCACUGGGGAGACUCCAGGAGCGGCUGAUGGAGAGAGAUCAGCUCAUUAAAAGAUUAGUGGAAGAGAGGCAUCAGCUGCAGCUCCACCCUCCCGUUGCCUGGGACAACAGCACCCUCAGGCUCCGAGACAGCAAGUCCCGCCCCGGGAGCGUCACACCAACCAUGAGGAGAAAGGAUGUGGAGUCUCCUCCUCGCAUCACCAGCAUCCCCAGCAAUCCCAGCCCCGCUACCUACGACAGGAACAUCUUCCUUUCCCAUUCCUCUUCUUCGUCUUCCGCCUCCGUGCAUCCACAUUCCUCCUCAACACUUCCCCACCAGUCCAGCUCCCAUCCUCAUAUCUCCCCCCACUACUCAACCUCCUCUCUUCCACACAAGCACACAUCCCUCUCCCUAAACCAACAGUCCUCCCCCUCCGUCCCUCGGUCCUCCAGAUCCCGGACAUCCUGCAUCCCUCCCACCCCGGCACCAACUGCUCCUCUGCCCGUCUGCCCCUCACAUCAGACGGGCAUCCGAUACGUGUCCCCCUCCUGCCAGGAGCCACACUCAUACAUGCAGGCCCAGUCAAUCAGAGGCCCAUACCUGGAGCAGAGGGGGACAGAAGGGCUGAAGCAGGAGUGGUUCACCAAAUACUUCUCCUUCUGAGCACAAAUAACACACACCAAAAAGCUGCAAAAUAUCUCAUAUAAGGUUCAUUGCUUCUUUUACACACACACACACACAAUACCUUUAUAGCGCAGCAGUUCACACAGACACCAAGAGACAUAUUUAUGGGCUCAUCACCAGCAAGGCCAUCUCAAGCAUUGCCUCAAAGCUCAACCAAAAAGUGCUUCUCAACACAUGCCUGACCUCUUCUCAGAACAUAAGCCUGCCAGAUAAAACUUUCUAUAUUCAGUUUUUUAAGGCAGUCUUCCUUUUUUAACGCAGCUGUUUCUCUUAUCCCAUCACAGAGUUACUCCGGGCAAGUGAGCCUUUUUUUUUUCUAACCAACAACAAAGAGUCUCAUAAAGUGUGGAAGCGUGUAACAUAUUCAACCCAGAGCCACAUAAAGAUGGAAACAUGAGACCCACGAUGUGUUUGUUUCGAUGCAAAAAUGUAUGAUACUGUUAAUGAAAACUGAAUAAACAUAUUUUGUUUUUGUAAG